UUCGACGUACUUUGUGUAACCAUCCGCUCUAACUAGCUGCUCUUGGGCAGCCAUGCCCGUCGGCUUGGGUAUAUUUUAUAUCUGCUGCUCCUUCACCACCAGCACUCUUCAACGGACAAUAUACACUCUCCCGCUCCAAUUUUCGACCAUAAUCUGUGUCUCUGGUCAUCACUCCAGUCGCAUACAUGGCGCCAUAUCGAGAGACCGUGAAUAAAGACAACAUUCAAGGAUCACUACCUUUCACCGCCAAUCCCGGAACGAUCCCUGGCCCUUUGCGGGAGCGUCUUGCUCAACUGCGUAUGUUUGGUCCACCACCGCCGAAUUUCUCAGUUACGCACCGACCACGCGGCUCCUCGCAAGGUGCAUCAUCUAAAGUGCCAUUCUAUCGAGAUGGUCAUGUGGGAGGAGCGCAGUGGUCUCUCCAUCACCCUCUGUCUCCAGCUGGCCUCUUAACCAAUCCCAACAUUCAGCCUGAGCUUACACGCCCCUCUGCUCCCAGUCCUGGCCAUAAGAAAAGCGCUCCAGGCUGGUUCGAUCCUCCGUUGAUUUAUAAGGCUGGUGAUUGGAGCUGGAUUUCGUACGACACCUGGCAGGCGGCUCUGGCGGAUAACCUCAACUUCAACGGACACCACAACAAAGGCAAUCCAAUCGACGUACGCACAGUGAAUGGCGCAUUCACGAGGAUGAACUCCAGCAUUUACAAGAACGAUAUGCCUUAUCACCCUGGCGAUGAAGACUUGAUGGUGUUUGAGGGUGAGCGCGAGUGUGCCGCCACGUUGCGCUCUGCGAACGUCGACGCGAGUCUGGUCAUAGUAUGUCCUUUGAUAUCGAAAGAUGGGCGUUACUGGGACAGAUGCUGGGAUACAGAAAAUAGACCUCCGAUCAUUGCUAGAUGGUCAACAGGCCCACAGGCACUAUAUCCACCUCUUAUCCUGGGGUGUUUUCCUGGUCCCGAUCCUCGAGACAGAAAAUUAGUAUACUGGUUUUCCCUAAAACCUAAUGUUAAAGAUAACCGCCAUCCGUUCUACUUUAGAUAUCACGGAGCAUUCAAUUUAACAGUGCAAGCUUCAGCGUUUGGCUUCCCUCAACUCAAUGCAUUUGGCCCCUGUGGCGGGAACGUAUUCGUCUGGGCGCUUGUCUUCCUCCAGCGCAACCUAGCUUUUGGACUAGCAAUCUCUGAUGAGGAGAUUCCAUACUGGCUCCAUCAAUUUCUUCAACACCUACUCAAGUACUACCGGACACACAACAAAGUCAGAUUCGUUUACAGGAAUGCUGGGCUUCGGGAGUAUAACCGGCGAUUCAUGCCACGAAUGUCCAUGUACGAACUUACCGGAUUAGUUUUGAACCAUAAUCAUAAUCAUAUCUACGCACAAAGAUGGGACCAGGCAUUCCAAGCCCACCACAACUACAUGAGGCAUCUUAACAAUCAAGGACAACGCCAGAAAACUAAGUAUGAUGAGUUUAAGAGGCUGUUUGAAAUCGCCUCUCACCCCCCCUUUACCUCAGAAAAAUAA